CAUAAAAGAGGGUGGGGCUGAUUGAAGGUGUGGCCAAAAUAAUGGUGGAACGGAAUGUCAGAGGUAACAUCUUGGAGGAUCUCUUCAGCUGUGGCUCGAGGAGCAAGAUCAAGAAAGCUAAGAUGCAGAGACUCUCAACUCCCAGCAAAGAUAAAGAUCAUAAUGACACUGACACUGCUAAUAGUUCCCAUUCAUUUAUCAAGUCACAUUCACUUGAGGAGGAGCGGUCACUCUCUUUGGAUGGAGAUGAUGAGGAUCAAGAACUUGACGUCAGUCUUCCUUCGUCCCAACCAGUUUUACGCUCCAUACGCUCUUGCACUCCGGUUGAUUUACCAAUGUCAUCUGAGAUGCCAUGCUGUCUGCUGGAAGAAGAUGAAGAGAAUGAAAUGAUAGCGUCUUCUUUGGCCGCACCUUUUCGAUCACUAGCUGCCACACCCAUCAUAACCAAGCCUACCUUAGCCACACCCACAACUGGCCCUGCCAGUGAUCAAUAUAAAACUGAUAGAUUAUCAAUUAUGACCACCAAUCCAAUUAAAACUAACCUUCAUUUCCACAGGAAGCUACAUUCAAGCAUUAGUAGUGGACACCACAAAAAGACCUUUUUAAAUAAUAGAUCUUUUAAAAUUCCAAUAGUUACUCCAACUCCUGUAUCUGUCAUAUCUUUACGUACAAAACCCUCAUUGAAUCCACCCACUAUACCAGUACUCACUCCAGUAUCCAGUGUACCAAUACCCACUCCAGUAUCCAGUGUUCCAAUACCAAUGCUCACUCCUUUAUCCAGUGUUCCAAUACCCACAGUCACUCCAGUAUCCAGUGUAUCAAUACCAAUGCUCACUCCAAUAUCCAGUAUACCAAUGCUCACUCCAGUAUCCAGUGUUCCAAUACCCAAAGUGGCUCUAGUGUCCACAGUCACUUCAGUAGCCUCUGUAUCGACUGUACCCGUUGUACCUGUGUCCACUGUAAUGCGUGUGUCCACUGAGGCACCUCCAACCAUUAUACCACCAGUUUCAUCCAGUGCUGCUUCCGUAGCUGUCAAAAAUCAAACUGGAGUGACUUCAAUCAGUGACCAUUCCUUGCUCUUAUCUGCUUUGAAUUACUGCUCUAUGACCUCAAGGCAUAAGAGCAACAAUAAAUCAAAAAGGAAAAGAGGCUCGGAGCCUUCCUCCUCCUCCUCUCCCACUCAAGACAAUUUAAUGACUUCACAGACUAGAAGCAUAUUGAGGGAUUUCCUUCAUAAGCAGCAAAGCUCAACUGAGAGCCAAUCAACAACUGGUGGCAAGUUGAAUGGACACUACCUACCCUCUGCUUCUGGAGAAGUACAAGGAAAUACAAGGAAGAGACGGAAGCUAAAAUCACCAAAGCCUCGUCCUCCAUUAACUAGUUAUGGUGCUUUUCUACGUGAGAGUCAAUCAGACUUCACUGGCUCAUCUCAAGACGUAGCUAAGAAACUCGGUCUUGUAUGGGGCUCUAUGAAUGAAUCAAUGAAAGAAGUAAGACAGGGUCUAAAACCUGUUUGUAUAAAUGACCUCCAGGAGUACAAUGUGAAGUCCCAGGUGGAUCAGUAUCGAUACACAAGGGAACUAAAAGGUUUCUUAUGGAAAAAAUUUGAAGAUUGUAUGGAGUAUCCAGUUUUCUCAAGAUUAGUAGAUGAUACAAUUGCUAGUACAGGGCAGUACAAUAACUCAGAGCUUUCUUGUAGCCUGUGUCAUAUCUCAUUUUGUAAUUUGUACCGGAAGAAUUCUCAUUUCUGUGGCCGACCGCACAGUAAUGAGCUAGUAAUGAAACUGACUCAAGUGUUAGAAGAAAGCACUAAGGAAAGGACUAAUGAUAGUGAUGGAAGAGAAAAGGAUGAGACUAACUCAUCAGAAUGUCUUGCUAAUGACAGCAGUACUGACAGCAGUAGUGUUCAUGAACCACAGAGUGUUGAUCAUAGCAACUCUGCAAUAGUGAGGAUUGAUUUAACAGGAGAUGGUGAUGAUGAUGAUGACAGUGGUGAUGAGAAAAGUGAUUUAACUGAUAAUGAUGAUGAUGAUGAAGAGUAUUGUAAUGUAGAAGGGUGUACUGCAAUCAGUGAUGAUCUUAAACCUAGUCCAGGCUGCAGGCCAGCUUUAAGAGAUGCUUAUCAAGCCAUUGGCAACAUGGAAGCUAAUGUUCAAUCUCUGGAGCUUGAAAAGUCCAAUCACCUUGAGCUAAUGAACUGCUACAUUCACUUACUUGAACAAGAAAGUGAAAUACAAGAAUGGUCAACUGCAUAUAAUGAAGCAAUAGAAGAAAGUUUAAAGCAGAUACAAACUAAUAAAGAGUCACUGAGGAGAUUGCUAGAACUAGUUGAUCAAUGUAGAGCAAGAGUGAAUGAUUCUUCUUAGGCUCCAAUGAUUAGAGUUGUGUUCUCGAGUGCGUUUCUAUCACUUCUUAUAAGAAUCGCCAUAAUUAUUAAUUGAA